AUGUUGGUGAUGAUAUGUAAUAAGAUACAGCAUGCUACGGAAGAGGAUAAUAAUCAAUUGAGCUUUUUUAUUCUAGUCGGAUUAACAUCACUUUGUAUUCUUGUACUAAUAUUUAAUCAACGUUAUUACAAUAUCAUUGAAAAUCAUAUCCAGCCCAUUAUAUCGGAUGUGGAGAUAAGGUCUCGGAAUAACGUCAAGCAACAUCAAGACCCAUUUACGAUUUUUUCGGAAAGAAUAAAUCUUUCAUUCUUGGAGAUUCAAGAUGUUGUUGAUCAACAGCGAAGUAACAUCGAACGCGAUAUGGAGAAUUAUGAGUAUCCUAACGGAAAAUACGGCCUCAAUAUAAGCCAUUUAGAUGAUUUAGUAAUGGAAAAAGGUGGAAGACCUAUUAGAAGUGUUAUUCUUGCUAAUUGGCGAAGUGGGAGUACAUUUGUAGGUGAUGUUGUCAAUUCACACCCCGCUAAUUUUUAUCAUUACGAACCAUUGCUUGAUUUUGGAAUUGUACAAGUUCGAGGACCACCCUUAGCUCAAUCCGCAAUUGUUAAUAUUUAUGCGUUAUUUAAUUGUGAAUACAAUAAACUACAAAAUUAUUUAGACUUUGGAAAAACUCACCCUUGGGUUUUCAAUCACAAUACACAUUUAUGGACACAGUGUGUAAUUCAUAGAAAAAUAUGCUGGGAUCCAUUGUUUGUUACAAAAUUCUGUCGAAUAUUUCCAUUUCAAUCGAUGAAACUUGUGCGAUUGAGAUUGAGAAUUGCUCAAAUGUUACUGGAGGACAGAAGCCUUGGAGUUCGCAUGGUUUUAUUAAUAAGAGACCCGCGAGGACUGAUGCAAUCACGUAAGCAUCGGAAUUGGUGUCCAGAUAGUCCUGAUUGUUCAGAUCCAGCACGUGUUUGUGCUGACAUGGUGUCUGACUAUGAAGUUGCUGUACGACUUAGAGAAAAAUAUCCUCGUAAUUUUAAAGUCUUACGGUAUGAAGAUUUAUCUGUUGAUCCGUUUUCAAACGCCAAGGAGCUGUUUGAAUUUUACGGUCUAAACUUUCAUUCUAACGUCAAAAAUUUUUUGGAGACCCACACGAAAAAUGAUUUCGGUGGUGUUUCGAGUACUUUUCGUAACUCAAAAGCCGCACCAUUUCACUGGCGCAAUGACCUUGACUUUGAGGAAGUUGAAGAAAUUCAAAGUGUAUGCUCAACUGCUAUGAGGUUGUGGGGCUAUGUACUAGCUCUCAACGAGACUCACCAAAGAGAAUUUAAUCCCAUCGCUAAGGAUUAUCAGCCUUUAUAA